UCACGUGUUCAAGCCUAGUGUUCUCCUUGACUGUGUUCUCUAGUGUUUCUUGUGCUUUUGUGGAUUUAUUUUGGAUUGGAGCCAUUGCCUUAACCGGACAGGAAGUCAGUUUGGAUUUAAUGGUCAUUUUUGGAGAAUUACAGUGACAUUCAAUUAGGUCACCUCCUCCCUAACCGAAAUUGCACUGAGAGAGAAUUUAUAUGGUCUCGUCCCUAUUGCUGCCCCCUUUCAAAGGGAGUGGUUACAUCCCCCAUGGGGUGUUCAGAGGACAACAGGGGACGCUGGAAACAAUAUAUUGGAAAGGGGGGCGCUGAGAUGCUCUUUGGGGACGUUUGUUGAGUUAAAAAUGUUAAGAAAAAAAUAUCUGUUACAAAUGGUAGUUGUCAUGUCUGGAGGAGUGUCAUGGGAGGAGGCAGCAGAAAAGAGAAUCUGACAGGAUAUAAAUCUUGCAGCAUCACAGAGCAUCAGAGUUCCAGUUCCAGCUGGAAGUCAGGAAGACUCACGCACAACUUGUCUGUUCAGGUGCUGACGGGUUGGAGAAAUAUCUUCAGGUACCAUGGAGAUAGCUGCUCUGGGUCGACCUUUCACCCUAGGAAUGCUCUACGAUGCUCGGAAAGAUCAACUAAUCCCAGGUUUGACUUUGGAUGAUAAAACUCUAAAAGACAAUACAGUUGUAAGCUAUCAGCACGGCAGUGCAUUUGAAAUUUCUACAUCAGACUCCAUUGAAUCCAAGUCCUUUCUGCUGGAUGUUGAUGCGUCUCUGAAGGUCAGUUUCAUGAGUGGACUGAUUGAAGUUGGAGGAUCUGCCAAGUAUCUGAAUGAUAAGAAGAAAUCCAAGAAUCAGAGGAGAGUUACGUUUCAGUACAAAGCCACCACCAACUUCAAGCAGUUGUCAAUGAUCGACCAUUUAACCAUGAGUACCAAACAGACAGAUGUUAUUCAGAAGGGCUCUGCAACACAUGUAGUCACAGGCAUCCUUUAUGGAGCAAACGCUUUCUUUGUGUUUGACAGUGAGAAGUUAGACGCCAGCAACGUUCAGAACAUCAAGGGCAAAAUGGAAGCUGUGAUAAAGAAGAUCCCCUCAUUUAAUGUUGAGGGGAAAGUUGACAUCAAACUGAAUGAAGAAGAAAAAGCUUUGGCUGCUAAAUUCUCCUGCAAAUUCUACGGAGACUUCAUUCUUGAAAGCAACCCUACAACAUUUGUAGAUGCAGUGAAGACCUACGUACAACUUCCAAAGCUGCUGGGAGAAAGUGGAGAGAACAGUGUUCCACUGAAGGUCUGGCUGAUGCCACUGAAGAAUUUAGUUCGCAAAGCUGCUGAGCUGGUGAGUGCGAUCAGUGUUGGACUAGUGAGAAAGGCUCAAAAUGCUCUGGAGGACCUGCAUCAUCUGGAAAAAUUAAGCAACGAUUUGCUGGAAGAAAUGGUUCAAGAUUUUCCACCAAUCAAAGAAAAGUUGAGAAGUUUCCAGAAACUGUGUCAUUACUAUGCAGCUAACCUCAGACAGACAAUGGAGAAAAAAGUUCCUUCCAUCCGCGAUGGUAAAGAAGGCGAGAGCGAAUUAGAAAAAGUCUUUGAAGACAGAAACAAGUCACCGUUCAGCCAUGAGAAACUAACCAAGUGGAUGGAAGAUAAAAAGAGAGAAAUCAACAUCAUCAGGUCCUGUGUAGAGAUGAUGGAGGGAACAAAGAUCGUCCACAGUCAGUCAGAGCUGGACAGAGAGGUUCUUGGUGUAGAGGAGGCUCUGUGCUUUGUUUUCAUCCUGGAAAGUGCUGACCCCUGCCUUGAUGAAAUGGCCAAAUACUUUGAGUCAGUUAAGUCAGAAUCUUCCAAUGAAGAGCCGUGGUACUACUCAGAUGAAGUUUUAAUCAAAAUGAGAGAAAAGGCCAAAGCUUUCCAGGAUCUUACCAAAACACUGAAGAACAACAGCCAAUUCUGUUUCCUCAUAGCUGCCACUGAAAAUAAGAAAAACACCGGAGCAACCAUCUACCAUUACAGGAAGGGCAUCCUGGUGACUAAUGCAUUUUUCACCCUCCCUCCUGUGGAGACAAUUGCCAAUAAAAGAGAUUUGAUCUGGUAUUCCUGUGAUCUCACUCUGGACCCAGACACAGCGCACAACCACCUCACUCUGUCUAAGGGGAACAAGAAGGCAACAUGUGGAGCAAGGCACUCGUAUCCUGACCUCCCGCAGAGAUUUGAUUAUUACGCUCAGGUUCUGUGCAGAGAGGUGACCGGGCGCUUCUACUGGGAGGUGGAGUGGAGUACUGGCUCGUUGAAGGGGUUGCUGUUGGUGUCACCUACAAAGGCCUGUUUAGGAAAGGAAACUUUAGCCAGUGUGGGCUUGGACGCAAUAUCAUGUCCUGGAGUUUAGACCACACAGGGUCCCCAC